GAGCCCCACUCACGUAACCGACUCCAACCAUCCCAUUCUCCAACCCAACAACUCUUUUCCUCUUUCUUUCUUUUCUUGCAUUCCAACCUUCAUUUUUUCUCUUCAUUCUAUUCAAUUCUACACUCUCAACAAUCAUGACUACCGAGUUUCUUCAAAUCGAUCCUACCGAACUCAGAUUUGUUUUUGAACUAAAGAAACAAAGUUCAUGUUUGAUUCAACUUGCAAACAAGGUUGAUCAGUAUAUUGCUUUUAAGGUUAAAACAACAUCGCCGAAGAAAUAUUGUGUCCGACCUAAUAUAGGCAUCAUUAAACCAAAGGGGAAAUGUGAUUUUACUGUUACGAUGCAAGCUCAACAGACAGCACCACCAAAUAUGCAUUGCAAAGACAAGUUUCUUAUUCAAAGCACAGUUGUUCCCUUUGGAGUUACAGAAGAUGAUAUCACAUCUGAUAUGUUUACUAAAGACAUUGGAAAAUAUAUUGAGGAGAAGAAACUGAAGGUAGUCCUCAUCAGCCCACCACCUUCUCCAGUUUUACUUCCAAUGAAUGGUGAUGUGAAACAGGAUCCAUCCGACCAAAUUAAUGUGCUAAAAGAUAGAGUGCCCAGAGGAGUUGAAAACAUACCUCCUCCUCUUAGAGUUUCUGCAGAAAAAGGUUUAGAACCAGUCUUGGUUACAAGAGAGGAUAAAACAGAUGAGGAUAUCGUCCCAAGACAUGCUGAAAAUGUGGGUGACAUGAAGCCAGCAAAAGACGACGCACUGUUGAAUUUGCCACCAAAGGGUGAUGUGCAGUUGAAUUUAGCUAAGGGUUGUGAGGAAUUGAAGUCAAGGCUCGGUAUGAUGGAUUUGAAGCUAAGAGAGGCUGAAGUAACCAUCUUGAGGGUAAAUGAGGAGAGACGUGCAAACACUAAAGACAAAGAUUUGCUUAAGAAAGAAUUGGAGGUGAUGAAGAGGAAAGUCAAUGUGAAAGUUCAGGCAGGAUUUCCAUUACUGUUUGUCUACAUGGUUGCUCUUGUCGGCGUGGCAGUAGGAUACUACAUUCAUCCUGUCAUCCAUAAGGCAUAAAACUGCCUGUGCAAGAUAGCAGAUGUUCUGAAAUCAAUGGUUUAUCCGUAAUUGUUUAUUAUGAUGGUUUUACUCGAUCGAUGUUAAUAUGUGACAUGGUAAUAAUGUGUGUAAAGUGGACUACGUCCUUCAAUAGAAGCAUAGUAAGCAGCCUUUUGAUAUUUUCAGGUCUGUUCAUUGACUUUUCAAAAUUCAUGAUUUAGUUGGUCCAAAUAUCUGUAACUUAGAAAUUCUCAUUACACAAUCAAGCAAAUGUAAAAUCUAUCGGUCACAAAAUUUUCAUCCA